ACUGUGCAGAAAGCAUCGUCCCCUUCUCCCUUUUUCCAACCUUUCCUCAGUUUUAGGGUUCUAUUCAAUCAGUCCCAUUUUCCUCCCAAAUCGAGCACAUGAACCAACUAAUUGAGCUCGGAAACUGCCAAAUAGUGACAAUCAAGACACUAUUUCACAAAUUCGUGGAGGUUCGGCAGUGAUUUGCAGAGUCUACAGGCGUGAGGAAGAUGGGAAAAUACACAGUUCGAAGAACAGAGAAAGCUUGCCUUUGUUAGGAGAGAUUCUAGGAGUUACUGAGGUCUGUCACUAAAGGACAGGGAUUCCCCACUGAGGUCUUUGUCGAGGGCCCCCAUCUCCAUGGCUUGGUUCACCUGCACCGUUGUCUUUAAGAACUGGUCCACCUCUACUUCGGAGAGCCAUCUACAGGCGAGAAAAGGAGCAACACCACAUCUUAGAAGCAAAGGGAUUGGGAUGAGAUGACGGUGGAGAUAGGAAAGCAAUUUUCCGAUGAGCAUAUGUACUCCCAGAAGAUGAAGGAAAAGGCGACAAGACUGAAGACCAUGUACAAGCAAUCCAUUAGAGUCAGAUGGGAUGAAGACACCAACACUAUCAAUGCGAGUCCUGAUGUAUGGGAUAUGUUUAUCAAGAAGAACAAGGCCUUCAAGACAUUCCGAACUAGAGGCUGCAAGCACUACCGCCUGUUGAAUGAGCUUUUCAGUGCUUCAACUGCUAUCGAUGCUCUCCGCAUCUCCUCGACCGAUCGACUGAGGACUUCAGAUGAGGAACGACAGCUGCAUGAGGAAUUCCUAUCAAUAUCCAAGAAAAAGCAUAAACAAACUAUCAACCUCGAAAAAGGCUCCGAUGAGAGUGACGACCCUGUUCAGGUUCAAAAGCCUAUUAUAUCUGGGUCCCGAAGUCGAGUGCGCAAAGGCCUUCAUCGACAAGCGCACAACUAUAGGAGUGCAUGGACUUGUUCAAGGUCAGUUUCAAAUAGAAGCCAAAGAGCACCCCACCGUCGUCAAAGAGAAGCAAGUUCGUUUCAAGUCUCUUGAGCAGCCUAAGAGGAAUAGCAUUGAGGAAGUCAUGGCGGAGUUGGAUAAAUUGAAAGUGACAAUCCCGCUUAAAUCGUAUAUAGCUGGUAGCUUGGCUCUCCUUAAUGACAAAAUGAGGAGGCUUUUUAUGUACUACGUGGAAGACACACGAAGGGAAUGGCUACAUAUCAUUUUUUUAACUUUAUACUGUGU